AUGGAAACCGAGGCCUUCCCGAUAGGGUUCACCAAGGGCAUACGGUCCUACUGGCGCCGGAGCAAGUACCAGCGCGUGGACGGCGGCGGCGGCGGCACGGCGGGCCGAGGCACGCGCCAUCUGGUGCGGCUCGGGGACGGCAGCAGCGGUGACGGCGACGGCAAGAAGUGGGGCGUGCGUCUCGGCGGCAUGUUCCGGGUGCGCGUCAAGGCGCCGGCCGUGGCCGCGGCAGCGGUACCGAAGCGCGUGCUCGGGGGCAUACGGGACGCGUACGUGGACGCCAUGGUCGGCGCGGCGAAGAAGCACUCGGCGGCGUCGCUCAGCCUGCCCAGCGGGCCGGUGCCGGAGGCGCUGUGGCAGAAGCGGGUGCCCGUGCGCCGGUCGCUCAGCCAGGCGCACGCGCGACAGAAGGCGGAUGAGCUGGGACAGAGGCUCGUCCUCGAGAUGUACAAGUCCGUGCGCGCGUCCAGGGACCUCUCGGGCAUGCUCCAAGCAUCGGCGGCGCGAUAGCGUGCAUGCAUCGGCAAAUUCGAAAUAAUAAACCUAGUUAUGUAUGUGUGUUAGUACAUAAUAUAAGGGCAGGAUGAUCAGUUGAUCUCCGUAACAUGUUCA